UAUAUAUAAACCUUUUAAAGAUUAUAUCGGGCGGCUAUAAAAGAUUGAAUUUUCGCUAUGUCUGAAAAUUUCCGAGAGAAAAGUUCUUAUUCUCCGGAAUGGUAAUGUGAAGAGUUCUGGUCAAACCUAUUAAAAAAAGAGAGAAUGGAAAACAAAUAUAAAUAGAAAAUGAAAAGUAAAAAUACUUUGAAGCUUCAGAAGCAAAAGAUUGGACAUUUUCACUUUUUUUCUCCCUGCUCGUCGAACGAUAGACUCUCUCUCAUCUCCCGGAUAUGGCCAUGGCCGGCAAAAAAUAUGGAGACUGUGACGAUAAAGUCGCCGGGAAAAGCCAGCAAGUAGAUAGCGCUUCUACAUCAUGGAGAGCUGAUCUCGCAAAGGUUGACGUUUGGUACGCCUCUUAUGGAUCCAACAUGUGGAAACCGAGGUUUCUUUGCUAUAUUCAUGGGGGACAAGCCGAGGGAAUGAUAAAGUCAUGUGUCGGUUCAAGGGAUAAAAGUCCACCCAAGGAAAUAGUGUGGAAAACAUUUCGACAUAGAUUGUUCUUUGGCCGUGAAUCUUCAUUUUUUUGGGGUGUAGGGGGAGUUGCUUACACCAAUCCCCUUACUAAUCUCAAAGAUCAAACUCACAUGUGUUUGUACAGAAUCACGCUUGAGCAAUUCAACGACGUUCUGUUUCAAGAAAAUUGGUUGAAUGUAGAUUCAGAUUCUCCGCUCUUUGAUCUAGCUGCUCUGCAGUUAGUAGAGAACCAAGGAUCCAUUUCACUUGUACCUGCUUCGGUUAGUCAGCUGAUAACAAAUGAUAGUUUGUAUGGGAAUGUUGUCUGCUUGGAGAAAGAACGCAACAUUCCUAUACUUACAUUGACUUGCACGCUUUCUGCUAUUGAGAAAUUCAAAUCCGGUGAGAUCCCCCUAAGACCUCCUCCAAAAGCCUAUGCCAACACUUUAAUAAGGGGCCUUGUGGAUGGAGGAAGAUUCUCUGAAGAAGAAGCUAAGGCUUACAUAGACAAUGCUGCGUCUAAACCUCUCUAGUGUGUAUUAUUAACCAAGAAACCGCCCUUUUGAUCACCAUUUGGGUUUCUGAGUUAUUCAAUUAGGAUUAAAACCACAUUGUGAGACUUUCGAGUUUGUCUUUUGAAAGAGAGCAUGUGUUUGCUCCCUCUGGCUCUGUAUGUAUUUUAGUUAUCUUCGGUUUUAGGCUUUACCGAAAACACGAUUAUAUGCCAUCUUUUAAAAUAUUAUAAUUACAGUUUACAAAAUUUGGCAUAAGAACGAAAA